UUGUUUGUGUUGAUAUCUGCAAAACACGCGCCCAUUCUUUGUUUCUUAGCAAAAACUAUAUUUCCUAUUAAAAUCUUUUCGUUUCCGAUACGUACAUGCUCUCAAAAUGCCUAAAGCAAUGCGUGAAAUUUUUCAAAAUGGGAAUUCUUACGACGAAACGGACCGAAUGCCUGAUAACAUCACAAUAACCAAUCUCGAUAUUAUUAUGUACGUUGUGGCGAUUGUUGGGCACUUGGUGGACUUGGGAGUGGAUAUUAAUGUGGCUGUACAGUAUUCCUUGGCCGGCCAUAUGAUGGAAUUCGGAUGGACGCUCGCUUUCAUACUUUUACCAGCGUUCGUAAAUACCGCAGUAUCAAUAAGAAUGUAUGCUCAAGACAAGCAGCAAGACUCCAUCAGCAACGAGGUGACCAAGCGUCACUGGCUCCGGAUCUUCAUUCUGGUGCUGCAGAUGGCUCCCAUACUCAGAUUCAUUGAUGCUUUAGUCUACGCUAUAAAGUCUCGCAAAGCCGAGAGGAAACGCGACCACGCCUCGCAGCGCCACUAUUACAAGCUGAUGUUAAAAGAGGACGCCGAUGCAGCCCUACUGAGGAUCUUCGAGUGCUUUCUGGAGGCCGCUCCGCAGCAGGUGCUCCAGACCAGUUUGCUGUUUGCUAUGGCCAACCAGUUUAGAGUGCACCAAAUCCUGUCGAUCUGCUCAUCUAUCAUCGGUAUGGGCUGGUGCUUGGCCGCGUACCAGCGCGCCGUGCGCUUCGCCCAACAAGACAAGGAAAACAUGAGCUGGACCGGCACCAUACUGCAGACCCUCUGGCAUUUCCUAGUUACACUGAGCAGAGUUAUGUCAAUAUCAAUGAUUGCGUACCUCUUCCCUUAUUGGACGAUCCUCGCCUGCGCCAUCCACAUCCUAACCAUGACCACGUGGCUCCAACUCUUCGACCGGUCGCCAUUUUGUGCACAAAACAAAAUGGCCGAACUGUCAUUCUCGCUCGCUUUAGGUGCUGUGUAUCUUUUCACUUACAUUCUACCGAUUGAAGGUAAGACUAGAUAUAGAUUCGCUGUUUAUUACACUGUAUGUUUUAUACAGAAUGUUGUUUGUGGUAUACUUUGGUUUUUAUAUGCGUCUGAUAGUAUGAGGGAUUCGGUAAUAUUUUUACCUGCGUUGAUUCUUACCAUAGUGCCAUAUGUGAUUGGUUUGAUAUUAAUGGUGGUUUAUUAUUCUUUUUUCCAUCCUAAAUUAAGAAGGGAGAGUAAAGAUAUGAAUGUGACUUUUAAAGUUAAUGAAGAGUUGUCUGAAGUUCAACUUAGUUAG